AUGGCGCGUCUACGCAAACCGAGUCCGAACGAAACGACUAUUUUCAUGACACCAUCCGAGACGGGAACAAGCCGAUCAAGUUCACGGAAGGCCACACUUCGUUACGCAUCAUCGCAAGAAGAUGAUACCUCCAUAUUGGUUCCCAAGACCUCGAGGCGCAUAGCGCGGGAUACUAGCAGAUCACAAGACACAGAGCAUUUGUUUCGCAUACCGAAGGCAGCGACGCCCAGGGAUGCGCUUACCCCGCGAAAGCAACGUGUACUGCGACCGGUCGAGAGCAACAGUCGACUGCUCCGCAAGCUUAGCGAUGAAAGUCUAGCAAGUCCGGAGAAGAAACAAAGAGAGCGAAGAGUACGUAGUGGGACAACAGACACAGAUGUUGGAAAGAGGAAUGGACUUCUGUAUGCCAAAAGCCUGGCAAGAAGCGUGGUGAGCAAGCAGGCGCGGAAGGGCAGGAUAAAUGUUGUAGGGGAGCAAGAAGCACAAGAGGCAGCUCAACGGUCGCGCAACAGGGAACAGGAGGGUAGAGAGGAGACACUGAAAGACGAGACUGAGAAAGAGGAAGAGACAAGUCUGUGGUGUGGCGAUGAGGAAGCCGCGACACAAGACGAGGCUGCCGAGCCAGUGGCAGAUAUCAGCGAGGAAGACGAAGAUGAUGAGCCUGUUGUAAAGUCAAGAAAGAAUCAGCGACAACCGCGCGCACGACGUAUAGUGUCUGACAGCGAGGAGGAUGAGAGUGAGCUGAGCGCACCAGAGCCUCUCAAACAGUCUCAACAACCGAUGUUCAAGAUUCCCGAUCUCAAGCCAGUAAAAAUGUCUCCUCAACCUUCAGCCGACCUGGAUUCUAUGCGACCGCCAAAUACAAAGGGCUAUAGUUCGAUGUCAAAUUGGGCACAAGAAGUUGUCGAUCUCACAGAUUCACCAGAGGCCCCGGCAUCUUUUGCACUCCCUGAACGCACUCAUGUACGAUCGAGUUCCUUCGCAGCUUCCUCUCGUCCUACCAGCUCAGCGUCAAAUGGCCCCCUUCCAAUUCUGACAUACUCUCCAACACCUACUAAACAACGCUCGCCCUGCAAAGCUCCACCCAUCUCACGACCAGCGACACCUCCACUAGCUCCUCCCAGCCCAACUAAACUUGUCUCGCCUUCGAAAAGGAAGCCGACCAUUCCCAAGGCCAAUGAUAUAGAUGGAAGACCAAGUCUUGACGCAUUCUGGAAUCCUGCAGCUGUGAAUGAGUGGACCGACCGUCACUCACCAGCCAAAACGCUCGUGUCGCCUAAGAAGCAGAAAUGGCGGGAAGACAUCGUCAAGAUGAUGGAAGGUGUGGCUCUUGAAGACAGCAGUGAUGAGGGUUACGAAAGCCCCGUAGAGAGCCCCAAAAAGAAGCCUACAGAUCGCAAACCAGCCAAAGGGAGACUGCCAAAGACUCAACCAGCCUCGAAUGUCAAGCAAAUCCGCGAACAACGCAAAGCCUUCGCUGAACGCAAGCACGCCAUAGCUGAAGCUUUCCUCGUCGAGCUCGACACCACUAUCUCCUCAGGCCGUAUCCACGAGCUCUCGAAGCCUACAGGCGGCAUCAAGCUCGUCUGGUCUAAGACACUCAAAACAACAGCCGGUCGCGCGAAUUGGCGUAGAGAGCAGAUACGAAUUCGAACCGGGACCCUCCCCACAGAUACGCGCGUAGAGAUACGACACCACUGCUCCAUUGAACUCGCUGAGAAAGUCAUCGACGAUGAGGAGAGACUCUACAACGUACUCGCGCACGAGUUUUGUCAUUUGACGACAUUCAUGAUCAGCGAAGUACGUAAUAACCCCCACGGAGCAGAGUUCAAAUCUUGGGGCCGCAAAGCUACCGUCGCCUUCGCCAACAGGGGCGUUGAAGUCACCACCAAACACUCGUACCAAAUAGACUACAAGUACGUUUGGGAAUGUAUAUCUUGCGGUUACGAGUUCAAGCGUCACUCCAAAUCGGUCGAUCCAGCCCGCCACUCUUGCGGCAAGUGCAAGGGAAAGCUCGCGCAGACCAAACCCACACCCAGAGUCGGAGCUGGCGUUACUGUAGGCAAAGAUGGUAAGAGGGAAAAGAGUGAAUACCAGGUCUUCGUCAAAACCAACUUUGCACGUGUGAAAAAGGAGCUGGAAGCCGAGGGCAAGGAUGCCCAGAUGGGAAAGGUGAUGGAGGCCGUGGCUAAGGAGUACAGGGAGAGAAAAAGCACCAGUGGUGAAAACGCGACGCGACGCGACUCUAGCGCGACUACCCUGGUCAACGCGCCAUCCAAACCCCACUUUGCCAUCACCACUAUGGCGGACCCCCAUGCCAAUACAGUGCCAUAUCCUCCCCUCCCCGAGCCGCCAGAGGGCCCAGCACCCUCGGCGCUCGAAUUACCGCCUGAUGGUGCCUACCUCGACAUAUUUCAAAGUCUCCUAGAACCCGCAUCUGUCCUGCAAAAACAUGGCUAUCGAUUUCAACAGCUGACAGACGCGGAAAUUCAUGAGAAACGAAGAUGCACUCUACAACAGCUUACAAAGGGUCUGAAAAAAGCUUUGCUCGACGGUGACCAACAAGCAACUUCAGCAGACAUGCAUCCUAGGACAUGGCCUACAAUGCUCAUAUAUUAUGAGGAUGGUCAAACGGACGUUCAGCCUUCCACAGUACCAUGCCGUUACCACUCAGCAGCAGUCGACCGCACCACGAAGUGCUGGACGUGUUGUGGAGAGCCCGUUUCUAAGGCUACGCCAUGCACCGGUACCAAUGUUCACAAGAUGCGCGAAUACCGACCAAGUGAGCUCGAUCGCUUGCAUCAAGUCCAUGAAACUCCUCGAUUUCAUCCGGACCGUGCUACUUCCGUUAAAUUUGCCGUCGCAAUCGACUGCGAGAUGGGCACAGCUAGAAACGGAGAUUCUGAGCUUAUUCGUUUAAGCGCCAUCGAUUAUUUGACCGGCGAAGUGCUGAUUAACAACCUAGUGAAGCCGGAUCAGCCAAUGCUACAUCUCAAUACCAAGUGGUCGGGUGUCACUUGGGAUCAAAUGAAUGAGGCUGUGAGAAAGAAGACCACGUUGAAGGGGAAGUCUGGGGCAAGAAGACUGCUGUGGAAAUUCGUAGGGCCUGACACAGUCCUCGUAGGACAUAGUGUUCACAACGAUCUGAAGGCAUUGAAAUUGAUUCACCCACGGGUUGUAGACUCCUACGUGGUAGAGCAUAAAAUCAUCGAGGAGAAGAAGGCAAUCGAAGCGCGAGAAAAGAAAGCGAGUGAAGCAGCGGUGAGAAUAAUAGAAGAAUGCCUUCCUGAGCUCGCAGGGCUAGCUGGUGGUCAUGAGUCUUCCCUGACGACCAACAGUCAGAUGGUAGGGAACUCAACUACCACCGCUGAUGGUGUACCCAAAAAGAAAAAAGCCAAGGGUACAGGCGACUUAGCGUUGAAGACAUUGCUGAAGAAGUAUCUCGCCACUGAUAUCCAGACCAAAGGCAACAAAGGCCACGAUAGCUUGGAAGAUGCGACUGCGGCGAGAGACUUGGUUCAUUGGAUG